AUGUCGACAACGGCGCCUACAUCUAGCGAGAAAACCCAUCUUGAAGGUACUGUCUCGGACUGGCUGCGAGAGCGUGUGGAUCUAUGUAUGUACGUGGAGACACUAGACUACCAUCGAAACCAAGACCCGAAUUUUGUUUGCGAUUCCUAUCGGAAGAUCAAGUUUGUGAGAGAUAAGCAACGCCGACUUCUGGGGGCUCGUCAACAGCAACAGGAUAGUAAGGAUGACUCAAACGAGAAUAAGCAACACAGCGCGAUUAUUGAGCCGUCCCUGACUACUGAUGUGAAGCCUGAUGCUGAACUUGAGGAUGUCCCUGACACCCCAGUUGAAGAUAGCAACGAGCCACUCGACAUUCUUGUGGGCGAUGUGCUACGAGGAUGCAAUGUAUCUGUAACUUGCCGAGGCGCUUUGCCUGCACAUGGAUCGGAUCCCCUAGAAGCGAUCUCUGUGCCUUGCAUCCGCGAAGGUAACUCGCUCACUCUGUGUUCUCUGCCCGAAAUUGGCAACCAGCUUGUCGUAUUUGGCGGUCGAGUUCUUCGCGACAUCUCAAUUUUGCUCCAUCGUGCCGUUCGAAUAAAUCCAAUGCAACUCGAACGAACACGAUACACGUACUCCAACAGCGUCUACAGUUUCGACAUAGCGUCGAAUAUCUGGACGCGUCGAGAAUGCUCCGGACGAGAACCUCGCGAGCGCAGUGACCACUCAGCGCUGUUCAUGGCUCCGCAACAUCUCUUGGUUUUCGGUGGUCGUGGCCGCAAUGGUCAAAUGUUUCGUGAUUUUUUCGCCCUCUCGUUGGAGUUGUGGCACUGGACGCAGCUCGACACUUCAUUAACGCCGUACGAGCGCUACUGGCAUGGCUGGUGCAUUGCGUUCGACACGGAGCAGUCCUGGCGGCAAGAACCGAGUCUAUUUCUCUUUGGUGGUAAGUCCGACACGCUCGUGUACAGCGAUUUGCAUCAACUGCAGACCAGUCGCUUGAAGCGCCUGCUUGCGGAUGAGGAAGAGCACGAGCGCAUUUGUAUUCGCGAUAGUAAUGGAGAAGUAUCAUCAAAGCGUCAGUUGGAACGCCAAGUGAGUGACGCAGCGCGAGCAAUGAUACAAGAGAUUGAGCGACAACGGCUCCCAGCUUGGUUUGUACCGAACACUGUUGGGAAACCCCCGUCACCUCGCUUUGGCAUGCAAGUGGUUGCGCUGGAGAACGAACAGCUUGCGGUGAUCGGCGGGUGGCGCAUCUCUAAGAGCAAAGAAGGCAAGCCUAGGAAGGGCCACUCACUGGACGUGUAUAUCCUUGACCUAACGACUUUGGUGUGGUCAACGCCGAGACUCUCGACGCUCGUGUCUGCACAGUCAUACGUGCCAAGUGAACGUCUGCUGUUCGAGUGCUUCUACAUGAAUCAGACGCUCGUGGUCUUUGGUGGACACACCUACACUUCCAACGGCGAGACUGAGUCGUUUACUGCCUGCGAGGACGCAUCUACGAUUUUGUACAAACUGGACGUCAGCCGCAUGAUUUGGCGCCGGCAGAAAUUUCCCGUGGCAGUGGACAAUGCUGCUCCUGAGGAUGCCAUCGCUCUGCCUCUAGCGCACACGCAUUGCAGCAGCAACGCAGUGCUCAGCAAUGGGCGAUCCUUCACAUGCUCGUCCGAGGCCAAUAGCCUGCAGCUUCAACUCACCGCAUUCGACAUCCGAGCGCCAAGGCGGAGCAGUUGAUGCGAAACCAUCAUGCGCCCAUGCUUUCCGCCGAUCUUGCACAGUCACUUGUCGAUUCUUGUGGUUGCAGCGUCCCUGCUUUUUUCAACCAAUCAGGCCGUUGCGCAAACAGUUUAACGUUUUGACCAAUCAAAACAUUUAGUGUACAUACAAAAC